AUGUCAAGAGAGGGAGAUUCCUUUUGGGAUCAGUUCCGAACGUUUCGACAACUGAAAGAGUAUGCCGCUGUUGGUGAGGUAAAGUCCUGGAAGCGCGGAGCUUUUCGCGAGUUUGCCAGGGAGCACCCCGCGGAGGCAAACUGUCUCAGGCAGAGUCGAAGGGCAGGUAACUUCGCAAUCGCCACUGGACUUGCUGGUGCGGUUGGGUCGGGUGCGUUUGCGUACAAGUAUGGGCGCUCGGGGCUCGGGGCAACACUCGCUGCAACUGCAGGCUUUGCAGCGGCAGCACUGAUGGGCGGUCACGCUGCCUCGGUCUACUACUGGGGCUUUUCGCCAAAAGUGGACCCACUGGACGCUAGCAUCCUCUUUUUGAAAUGGGUCAAGGACCAUGAACAAAGCUGA